AUGACACAAUCAACAAAAAACACACAUCUAUUAGUCUACCCGUUCUCUGGCUCGGGCCAUAUCAUCCCAUUACUCGACCUCACUCACCUCCUCCUCGACCGCGGCUUGACCAUCACGAUAGUCGUCAUCACGGCUAACCUCUCCCUUAUCGAACCUCUCGUUUCGUCGUACCCCACGUCACUACACAAACUUCUUUUCCCUGAACCCGAAAUAAGCCCAGCCCCUCAUCCCCUUAUUGGCAAAGUUAUUUCCUCACAAAAACUUUUUCAGCCCAUUGUUAAAUGGUUUGAAACUCACCCUUCUCCACCGGUAGCCAUUGUUUCGGAUUUCUUUCUUGGGUGGACUAAUGAACUUGCAAACCAUUUAGGUAUUCGACGUAUAGUUUUUUCGCCUUCUGGUGCUCUUGGUUCUUCCAUUUUUCAUGCAUUAUGGCGGGACGUGGGUGAGAUUAAUGCUAGAAAUGACAAUGGAGAUGAAAAUUUUGUGGUUUCUUUUACGGAAAUCCCCAAUGUACCCGAAUUGAAGUGGUGGCAGCUGUCACUAUCGCAUUUUUAUAAAAAGGGAGAUCCGGAUAUGGAAUCUUUUAGGGAUGGAAUGAUGGCUAAUAUGAAAAGUUGGGGAAUUAUAUAUAACACAUUUGAAGAGAUGGAAGGUGUUUAUAUUGAUCAUAUCCAGAAACAAGUGGGCCAUGAUCGGGUUUGGGCCAUAGGCCCAUUACUUCCUGAUGAACAUGGCCCAUUGGUUAGCACUGGACGUGGUGGGUCCAGUGCAGUGUCACCUGAUGACCUUUUCAGGUGGUUGGACAGGAAGUCAGAUGACUCUGUCGUGUAUAUAUGCUUUGGGAGCCGAUUUACAUUAAGUGAGAAGCAAAUGAGUUCAUUAGCAAGUGCACUCGAGCUUAGUAAAGUUAACUUUAUUUUGUGUGUGAAGGCAAGUGAUUCGAGCUUUAUCCCAAGUGGGUUUAUAGAUCGGGUUGGUGAUCGUGGGUUUAUAGUCAAAGGUUGGGCCCCGCAGUUGGCGAUUUUAAGAAAUCGAGCCGUAGGGUCCUUUGUGACUCAUUGUGGAUGGAACUCGACUUUGGAAGGAGUUGCGGCAGGUGUAAUGAUGAUGACAUGGUCAAUGGGUGCUGACCAGUACGCAAAUGCUAAGCUAUUGGUUGACCAGCUGGGUGUUGGGUUAAGGGUUUGUGAAGGUGGACCUGAGAGCGUUCCUGACCCAGGCAAGUUGGCUCAGUUGUUGGAUGAGUCAUCAAGUGUUGAUAGACCCGAGCGAGUUAAAGUUAAGGAGCUAAGCCAAGCAGCGACUAAGGCGGUCAAAGACGGAACAUCUAGAAGGGAUUUGGACAUGUUCACCAGGCUUCUAUCUGAGCUAUAA